GGAACACAAGCACCAACUCCUCAAGCUGAAACUUUAGCUACCAUAUAGAUUUGAAAAACAUGUCUCCAACGGCAGUGCACAGCAUGAAGGGUGCCAAGGACCCUCCGUCCAAGCUCGACUUCACCACCUUCCACAAUGUCAUCAAUGGCAAGCUCGUGCCCACCAAGAAGACGAGACAUGGCAUAAACCCUGCCACGCUUGAGGCCCUCCCUGAGGUCCCAGUCUCCACGCCUGAAGAUGUCGACGCGGCAAUGGACGCUGGCAAAGCGGCGUUCAAACUAUGGAGGAACACGCCAUGGAACGAACGCAGCAAGGCCGUCAAUGCCUUUGCCGAAGCACUGCUAGAGCACAAAGCCGAGUUUGCCAAAUUGCUUACCAAGGAGCAGGGCAAGCCGAUUCCCAUGGCAGAGAACGAAGUUGACACUGCCUACACUUUCCUGACGACGUUCGCAAGCUUGCAGUUGCAAGAGGAAGUCAUGGCCGAAGACGACAAGAAGCAGACGAUUGUGCGGUACACACCGCUCGGCAUUGUCGUGGGAAUCGUGCCAUGGAAUUUCCCCAUCAUGCUCGCAUGCGGCAAGCUCGCGCCCGCGCUGUUGACCGGCAACUCGAUCGUCAUCAAGCCCUCGCCCUUCACGCCCUACUGCGACAUGAAGCUCGUGGAGCUGGGGCAGCGCUUCUUCCCCGCGGGCGUGCUGCAAAUCCUAUCAGGGGACGACGAGCUGGGGCCAUGGCUAACAGCGCACCCGGCGCCGGCCAAAAUCAGCUUCACCGGCUCGUCGGCGACGGGCAAGAAAGUCAUGGAGAGCGCGGCCAAGACGCUGAAGCGGGUGACGCUCGAGCUGGGCGGCAAGGACCCCGCCAUCAUCUGCUCGGACGUCGAUAUCGCAAGCGUGGCGCCCCAGAUCGCAACCAUGGCCUUCCUCAACUCCGGCCAGGUCUGCCUCGCCAUCAAGCGCAUCUACGUCCACGCCGCCAUCUACGACGAGUUCCGCGACGCCGUGGCCGCGCACACGCGCAAGCUCGUGCUCGGCAACGGCGAGGCCGCCGGCGUCUUCAUGGGCCCCGUCCAGAACAAGAUGCAGUACGAGAAGGUGUCGGAGUUCUUCUCGGACGUGGAGGCGCGCAAGAUGAAGAUCGUGGCGGGCGGCGAGGCGCCCCCGGCCGACCCCGCCAAGCAGGGCGGCUACUACAUCAAGCCGACGAUCAUUGACGCUCCGCCUGACAACUCGCGCAUUGCCAUGGAGGAGCCGUUUGGGCCCAUCGUGCCCAUGAUGAAGUGGGAUAGUGAGGAGGACGUUAUUGCCCGCGCGAACGAUACCCAGAUGGGCUUGGGCGCUAGUGUCUGGUCCAAGGAUCUGGAUCAGGCCGCCCGUAUUGCACGCCAGUUGGAGGCGGGCUCCGUGUGGGUGAAUACGCAUUUGGAGGUUGAUCCGAUGGCGCCGUUUGGGGGGCACAAGGAGAGUGGGGUCGGCUUUGAGUUUGGCCUGGGCGGGCUGAAGCAGUUUUGCAACACGCAGGCGCUGUACAUGAAGAAGAAGGCGUGA